AUGAAGGUGCUAGCUGCAUACUUGUUGGCCGUGUUGAGGGGCAACACUGCCCCUUCCGCCGAAGAUCUCAAGGACAUCCUCCGAUCUGUUGGCGCUAAGGCCAAUGGUGGCGGGAUUCAACUUCCUUCUUCGGGAGUGGAGCGUAAGGACAUUGCAAAGCUAAUUGCGUCUGGGCAGGAAAAGAUGGCCUCCGUCCCAUCUACUGGUGGUAGUGCUUUUGCAUAUGCAGUUGCAGUUGCUUCAACUGGUGGUGGCGCUGCUCCUGCUCUGUCCGAGGCAAAGAAAGAAGAGAAGAGCGAGGAGAACGAGGAGUCC